CGUGGAAUCAGAAGAUACAUCAACUCAGGGAGACCGAGCUCUGGCUCACUCACUUGCUGUACAAAAUGAUAUUCCUCACUGCCCUGCCCCUGUUCUGGAUUAUGAUCUCAGCCUCUCGAGGGGGCCACUGGAGUGCCUGGAUGCCCUCGUCCAUCUCGGCCUUCGAGGGCACGUGUGUCUCCAUCCCCUGUCGCUUCGACUUCCCUGAUGAGCUCCGGCCAGCCGUGGUGCAUGGUGUCUGGUACUUCAAUAGCCCCUACCCCAAGAACUAUCCCCCGGUGGUCUUCAAGUCUCGCACCCAAGUGGUCCACGAGAGCUUCCAAGGCCGCAGUCGCCUGCUGGGAGACCUGGGCUUGCGAAACUGCACCCUGCUGCUCAGCACCCUCAGCCCGGAGCUGGGGGGCAAGUACUACUUCCGCGGAGACCUCGGCGGUUACAACCAGUACACCUUCUCCGAGCACAGCGUCCUGGACGUCAUCAACACCCCUAACAUCGUGGUCCCCCCAGAGGUGGUGGCGGGCAAAGAGGUGGAGGUGAGCUGCAUGGUCCCAGACAACUGCCCAGAGCUGCGCCCAGAGUUGAGCUGGCUGGGCCACGAGGAGCUGGGAGAGCCCACUGUACUAGGCCGGCUCCGCGAGGACGAGGGCACCUGGGUGCAAGUGUCGCUGCUACACUUCGUGCCCACUCGGGAGGCCAACGGCCACCGACUGGGCUGCCAGGCCGCCUUCCCCAACACCACGCUGCAGUUUGAGGGAUACGCCAGCCUGGACGUCAAGUACCCCCCGGUGAUUGUGGAGAUGAACUCCUCCGUGGAGGCCAUCGAGGGCUCCCACGUCAGCCUGCUCUGCGGGGCUGACAGCAACCCGCCGCCGCUGCUGACCUGGAUGCGGGACGGGACGGUGCUCCGGGAGGCGGUGGCCGAGAGCCUGUAUCUAGAGCUGGAGGAGGUGACUCCCGGGGAAGACGGCAUCUAUGCCUGUUUGGCGGAAAACGCCUAUGGCCAGGACAACCGCACAGUGGAGCUCAGUGUCAUGUAUGCACCCUGGAAGCCGACGGUGAAUGGGACAGUGGUGGCCGUGGAGGGGGAGACAGUCUCCAUCCUGUGCUCCACACAGAGCAACCCAGACCCUAUUCUCACCAUCUUCAAGGAGAAGCAGAUCCUAGCCACAGUCAUCUACGAGAGCCAGCUUCAGCUGGAGCUGCCAGCAGUCACGCCUGAGGACGAUGGGGAGUACUGGUGUGUGGCUGAGAACCAGUACGGUCAGAGGGCCACCGCCUUCAACCUGUCCGUGGAGUUUGCUCCCAUGAUCCUCUUGGAGUCUCAUUGCGCUGCGGCCAGAGACACCGUGCAGUGCCUGUGCGUGGUGAAAUCCAACCCGGAGCCAUCCGUGGCCUUCGAGCUGCCCUCACGCAACGUGACUGUGAAUGAGACAGAGCGGGAGUUCGUGUACUCAGAGCGCAGUGGCCUCUUGCUCACCAGUAUCCUCACACUGCGGGGACAGGUCCAGGCCCCACCUCGGGUCAUCUGCACCUCCAGGAACCUCUACGGCACCAAGAGUCUGGAGCUGCCCUUCCAGGGAGCCCACCGACUGAUGUGGGCCAAGAUUGGUCCUGUGGGAGCUGUAGUCGCUUUUGCCAUCUUAAUUGCCAUCGUGUGUUACAUUACCCAGACACGCAGAAAAAAGAACGUGACAGAGAGCCCCAGCUUCUCAGCCGGGGAUAAUCCCCACGUCCUGUACAGCACUGACUUCCGCAUCUCUGGGGCACCAGAGAAGUACGAGUCUAAAGAGGUCUCUACCCUGGAAUGCCACUGAGAGCCCCAGGAGAGCGAGAGGCGCCUGGGAUCUGAGAGGAGACUGCUGGGGCUUCGGGGGGAACCCCCAGAACUGGACCUGAGCUAUUCCCACUCAGACUUGGGAAAACGACCCACCAAGGACAGCUACACACUGACAGAGGAGCUGGCUGAGUAUGCUGAGAUCCGUGUCAAGUGAGGAGGCGGGGCGGCCCAUGGCCACCCCUUCAGGACCCUCGCUGGCCCCCACUGGCUGCGGGCUCCCUUUUUCCUGAGAGUGGUGGGGGCUGGGGCGGGAAGGGACUGGGGCUGGUGACAGUGAGGUCUUGGGGGCCCGGCCUCCCCCUCCUUCCCAGUUGCCUUUCCCUACCAGCACCCCCCCACACACUACGGCUCCCCUCUCUCCUCCUCUAACCUCGUCUGUCUGGAGGGGAGCUCUGUCUGUCCGUGUUAUUUAUUGCUACCCUCUGCCUGGUCUCCUGCCCCCACACCUGGCCCCAGGACCUGUACAAAGGACAUAUUGAAAUAAAUG